CCACAAUGGUGCGCCGCUCCCUCCCCAUUUUCGGUUUUUCCCUUCUCCUCGCCAACAUGGACGCCAACGGCAACGGCUACAUCACCGCCGCCGAAAUCGCCGGUCAGAUGGCCAAGAUGGGCCACCCCCUCACCUAUCGCGAGCUCAGCGACAUGAUGCAGGAGGCCGACACCAACGGCGACGGUGUCAUCAGCUUGAAGGCAGCGGCGGUGGGUGGCGGCGUUGGGCAAAUCCGCAUCGGCGGUUGGUUGGCCGCGAAGGCAGCGGCGGUGGGUGGCGGCGAGUCCGGCUUCGACCCCUCCCGAUGAUGAGACGUCGAUGUCGGAGCGAUUGGUUGCCGGCUGCCUCCCUUUUUGUAGUCGGGCGGCCUCCCUUCUCACUUUUGAGAACGCCGACUCGACUGAAGGAACGGGAACUUUCUUGAGAAUGUCCCGACAAAGUUUGUCGUAUCUCCCAUCUAAUCCAGGGAGGAACUGAAAUAAUCGGUGAUUUCCGAUCAGUUUUCGGCGCUUAUUGGUCCCUUUUUCAUUGCAGUUGAUUGGAUUUGGGUCUCUUAGACCCAUUCUGUGGAUUCUGUUCGGAUUUGGGUUAUUUGAAUCUGUUUGGUUUAUGGUUUCAA